AUGGCAGACAAGCGGAAGGAUGCGCCGCUGGGCGUGCAGGCCACAGCCAUCACGAAACGCGUGCGGCCCGACGGCCAGGGAGCGGAGAUGAUAACCACUCCACACACAGCAGGUCUCUCGGCGCCGCUCCUUGCGCUGACCGGCGCGCACACCGCCGAAAUUCUCGACUGCAAGUUUUCGCUCGACGGCGAGACGAUCGCCGCGUGUUCGGCGGACCACGCAGUCUCGCUGUGGGAGACAUUUGGCGAGAAUAAAAACAUUGGGAUGCUGCGCGGGCACGCGCGUGCAGUCACGAGCAUUGCAUGGGCGCCAGCGAUGCCGCGCAAAGACCGCGUGCUCGUGUCUGGCUCCGCAGACGAGACGGUGAUUGUGUGGAACACGGUGACUGGCGAAAAGAUAAGGCGCUUCCGCGGGCACAAGGGGAUUGUAAACAGCGUUGCUUGCCCGCGCACGGGGCGUGCAUGGUGCGCGUCGGGCUCGGACGAUGGACAGGUGAUGCUGUGGGAUGUAGAGUCUAAGCACCCCGUCGUGGUGCUUGCAUUUGGAUACCCCCUUACCGCCGUUGAGUUUUCUGCGGAUGCGACACAGAUCUACGUCGGCGGAAUCGAUAACGCGAUCCAUGUGGUCGAUAUCGGGACGAAACGCACGCUGUACUCGCUUCGGGGGCAUGUAGACUCGAUCGCGUCGCUCUCGCUCUCACAUUCGGGGACGCACUUGCUCUCUUCUUCGCUGGAUGAUACGGUACGCGUAUGGGACGUGCGCCCGUUUGCGCCGGAAGCGCGCGACGACGCACGGAACCCGCGACUUUACCGGACACUGAAAGGCGUCAUGACGGGUUUCGAGAAUAUCCUGAUCAGAGCCGCAUGGAGCGCCGAUGGGGAGCAAGUCGCGAGCGGAAGCGCCGAUCGGACCUGCACGAUUUGGGAUGUCGAAAAAGGGAGCGUCUUGCUCAAGUUGCCAGGGCAUCGCGGCACAGUAACCUCUGUUGCGCUGCACCCACGCGUGCCGAUCCUCGUUUCCGCAUCCACCGACCGCACCUUGUUGCUGGGUGCACAAACGCCGUAG